CCAUGUUGAUUUAAAGGAAGAAGAAACACAAUAGAGGCGAUUUAUUUCAAGCGAAAUUCAGUUAUUAAAGCGAAUACUAAAGAAAAUAGUUGAUCAACCGCACACUGAGUAUCCCCUGUCAAAUAACAGAGAAACUAAGGUGACAAGAAAAGUUGAGUUGUUGGCUGAGUUUGAGGAGGCAGUGGGUUGAUCACAGCCACGCUGACACACUUCACACACCAACCUGAAGACCUGUGGUGUCCGCGGAGAGAGGGUGGAACACCUGGAGGAGAAAGGAAACGCACACUGAGGACUCAAAAGGGGUGGAAAGCUUUUUGGCUUUGGACUAGAUAACCCCUUGUAUGAUUUGUGACUUCAGGAUCCAGUUUUUCUCACACGUGGAGUAACAUAUAUCCACACAGUGGAAAAUAAACUGAGAGCAUUAUAGACUAUAUGAUUUUGGGGAAAGAUUUGUACAAAGUUGGACAUCCUUUGUUUUUCAAGUACCAGGAUAUUGAGGAACUCUUAUGAACUCAAAGUGGAAACGAGAAACAUUGUUCAGUUUAGAAACAGAAGUUUAAGUGUUGAACUAAGAUUAUAUUGAAGAAGCUGUUCCCCAAGUUCAGAUUGCCUUAGUUGUUCUAUUUCAGGACUUGAACCGCUUUGAUACUUGUUCACAUAUAAUUUUUCUAUAUUGUGGACAAGUAUAUUCAUGCAUAUGAAUGCAAAUUUCUCUUCAUUUUGAAGAGCUCUUGUGUAAAAUUGUGUUUUUUUCUUUUGUUGUUGAUGUUCUUGUACGUCAGUCACUCUGUUGUUGAAGGGGACCGAACUGCACGUACAUGUGUAUAUGUAAAUACUACGAAUUGACUUCUGUUGUGAAAGCUUUGGACUUAAAAAGAAUAGAGAAUAUUGUUUGUUAAUGCUUUAUUAAACUUUUUUACUUUUGAAGAGAAUUUUUAAAAAGAAAAACCUAAGAGGCAAAAAUCUAAUACUUUGAAGAAAAAAAACAAAAGCAAGGAAAACAGGAAAAAUGGCAACCGCCAGAACAGAAAACGUUGGCCCAGUCGUCAUGGGACUGAACAAGCAGAAUGGGCAGCUCAGAGGACAGACCAAACCAGCUCCAGUCCAGCCAGCACCCACAACUCAAGGAAAGGCUUUGGGUGCACCCCAGAUAGCAGGCGGUGCCUCUCAGGAUGGAGGAGGCAUCAAGUUUGGAGAUGACUGGAAAAAGAGCCUAAAGCUCCCUCCCAAAGACAACAGGGUCAAAACCUCAGAUGUGACGUCCACCAAGGGGAAUGAAUUUGAAGAUUACUGUCUCAAAAGAGAACUCCUGAUGGGCAUCUUUGAGAUGGGCUGGGAGAAACCAUCCCCUAUCCAGGAGGAGAGCAUUCCCAUCGCCCUGUCUGGACGGGACAUUCUGGCUCGGGCCAAGAAUGGAACAGGGAAGAGUGGAGCCUAUCUCAUCCCACUGCUGGAGAGAAUAGACCUGAAAAAGGACCACAUACAGGCACUUGUCAUGGUGCCCACCCGUGAGCUGGCACUGCAGGUGAGCCAGAUCUCCAUCCAGAUCAGCAAACACCUGGGAGGAGUCAAAAUCAUGGCCACCACCGGGGGCACCAACCUGCGAGAUGACAUCAUGCGCCUAGAUGAGACUGUGCAUGUAGUCAUCGCCACGCCUGGUAGGAUCCUGGACUUGAUAAAGAAGGGUGUGGCAAAAGUGGAUAGAGUGCAGAUGAUGGUGAUGGAUGAGGCGGAUAAGCUGCUGUCUCAGGAUUUUGUGGUGCUCAUCGAGGAUAUCAUCAGCUUCCUGGCCAAGAACAGGCAGAUUCUGCUCUACUCUGCAACCUUCCCCAUCAGCGUGCAGAAGUUCAUGGCCAAGCACCUUCAGAAACCCUAUGAGAUAAACCUGAUGGAGGAACUGACUCUGAAGGGCAUUACUCAGUACUACGCCUACGUCACCGAGAGGCAGAAAGUCCACUGCCUAAACACACUGUUCUCCAGGCUUCAGAUCAACCAGUCGAUUAUCUUCUGUAACUCCACUCAGAGGGUGGAGCUCUUGGCCAAGAAGAUCACACAGCUGGGCUACUCCUGCUUCUACAUCCAUGCCAAGAUGAUGCAGGAAUAUAGAAACCGUGUGUUCCACGACUUCAGAAACGGACUGUGCAGAAACCUGGUCUGCACUGAUCUCUUCACCAGGGGUAUUGACAUCCAGGCUGUCAAUGUCGUCAUCAACUUCGACUUCCCCAAGAAUGCUGAGACUUACCUCCAUCGUAUUGGAAGAUCAGGGAGGUUUGGUCACCUGGGCUUGGCCAUCAACCUGAUCACAUCAGAGGACCGAUUCAACCUGAAGGCCAUCGAAGACCAGCUGGUGACUGACAUCAAGCCCAUUCCAGGCAGCAUCGACAAGAGCCUCUAUGUGGCUGAGUACCACUCGUCCAACGCUGACUGUGAUGUGGAGGAGGUUGAGGAGAAACCAGGACGCCAGCAGGACAGCACCUAAAACAGGACAGUUGGACACACCAGGCUUUUGCACAGACAUCAACGCUUGCACACAGGCUUCAGGCAACUCUUCAGUUUCCCAUUUCUCACUCAGAGCCUGUCGAAUGGAUGUAAAGGCUGUUUUUUUUUCUUUUUUUCUCCCUUUUUUUUUCUUUUAAAGCAUUUCCUUAGCUAUUCCUCAGAGGGAGCUGCCUCAUUCUUUAUUUUAAUUAAUGGAGAAAGUUCAACUGUAUUGUUUUGCACCAAACUCAGAAUGGACCGUGCGUCCUGUGUGUGAGCUUAGCGUAUUUUUCAUGAAAUUUAUCCCAGUUAGACAGCAGCGCAAAUGAGUAUCGAAGCUGUUCUGAACCCGUUGUCCUUGGAGACUGUUUUCAUUGCCGGCAGCAAGGUUGGUCUCUUUUUAAUGUUACAGUGGUGCACUUACACCAGCCAUCGUUCUGUCCACUUACACUGUUGUUGUCACUUAAGUGCCUUACUUACUCCCAUGUGCACUCAUCCAUUCAUAGCCUGCUGUCUUCUGUCGCGCAGCAGAGUACGAGCACAAAUAAUAUGAAUUUCAUGGUAACCCGAGUUUAUUUAAACAUCCGUUAUGCAAGGGGAAAAGACGACACACACACACACACACACACACACACACUCUCCCGCUGAGAGGUGUUUUGAAACACGGCUCAAACUUAAAAAAAAAACAAAACAUCCUGAAUGUGAACGUUUAUUUUAAAUGUGAACGUUGCAAUAAGAAAAGGGCAGCUUUAUUUAAAUACUGCGUGACUGUUUUUCCCUUUCACGAUGAAUAAUACAUGAGCAGAGUUAACACGAGAGGACGGCUAAAGACCCAAGCCCCCACACUGAUUCAUGGAUGUUAGCCUGCAACCACACAAACGGCAUGGGAAAUGAACAACAGCCUCGUGCUGUUACAUUACGGCAGACAGCUGUUGUCUGGAGGUUCUUUUACAUCAAUAAAAUCACAUUGGGCUGGUGAAUACUGUAAACCCAUCAGCCACUGUAGCUGGUGGAUGAAAAACUGGUUUCCUGUCCUGCACGCAGCCACGGCACAGGACCGAUGCACCGGAUGCCGGUUCAGAACAGUUCUCAGAGCCACAUUUGUCACUGCAAAGCUGAUACACAAUUGAGUAUCGAUGGGUCCAAAUUGGUGCAAAACAAUACUUAGAAUUUUCUGUCAUUUCCUUUUUCCCCCACCGCCUCAGAUUCUGUUAUAUUGUGGAAGUACAAAGUGGAAUAAAUUACAGGAGCAUUCGUGCAAGUCCUAAAGUAAAACUUUCUUUUUAAGCCCCAUGAUGACAAAGUUGAAGUUGGUGAAUGUAUCCGUUGCCAAUGUGUACUCUCUAUAGCCCAGUGGUUGAACGCCAAGCUCUUAAGCAUACUUGACAGUUGUCAGUUCUAUUGCUGCUGCAUUAGAAACUCCAGGCUUUGCUUAUGAAAUGGUUUCACGGACCACAGGGCGAUGAAAGUGUGCUCAGUCUUUUAAAGGACCACAUUGACCUUCAAUUGAACUACAAUUAGAAACCGUUUUCUGUCUGCAGCAGCAGGAAGGGGUGUGAGGAGUGGGCUCUGUGUUGGAAAGCAAAAUUGUAGCAUCUUUGAACAGGCAGCUGUGACUUCUUUGUUUUUGUCCUCCCCUACAGAGCGUUAGUAAUGCUAAAAAAAGACAUAAAAAAAAAGAGUAUUUUUGUUUUUAAGAUUUAUUUUUGAUGUUGCUUAAAGCAGUCUGAAGGGGGGAGACUGUGAGGCUUUAGCACUGGGUAACUUCUGGAGGUUUAUUUUGAGUGGGUUUGCAGAAGCCAAGUGUUUUAUCGGAUGCUCUCCGGGCAUCUUGAGUCUUUCCUUCUCUCUGGUACUUAAAGCUCAGACAAAAGCUUUGAUUUAAAGUUGUUUUUUCCCUCAGAAGUCCACAGAAUAGCUUUAAGUGCCAGAGAGAGCGUAAGUUAUAUAGGAGAGAGUUUCUGUCCAGCGUGUGACGUGUGACGGACGAUCAAAGUGCUAUGAUUUGUUUUCAGCAACUCGAUCCAGUUUCCACUAGGGCAAUCUUCAAUACGAGGUGUUAUGAAUCAUUUUGAGGAAACAAAAUUGUAAAUGAUUCAUUGUUUACACUAGUCGUUUACAAUUAUACAAAAAAAAAAGAAAAUCCUUUGCUUCAUGGGUGGAGGAGGAGGAGGUCGAAAUUUUUUUUUCUCCUUGAAAUAGAUUUUCAGGAUUUACAUUGAAGCAAAACCAAAAAAGGAGAAUGUCGUAUGAGUGUGUGAGAGAGAGAGGUGUGUGUGGUGUGUGUGUGUGAGCGACAUAAAGGCGGCUGUUUGAACAAGGUGUGUGUUUGAAUGUGAAAGGGCAUGACAUGUAUGCUUGAAGCUGUGAAAGGCUGCGUUUUCUUAAGAAUCCUGAUGUUUACAUGCAGCUUCGGCUGAACCGCGCCUGCUGGCGUCUGGAUUAACAGCUCGUCUUUAGGAAAAUCAUGUAGCCAGAGUCAACUUGGUCACACGUGUAAUUUGGAGUAAAACUAAAACUCCUGUUAACAGUUUGAAGCUGCAUGUAAGCAUAAUUUUAUGUCCUUUUUUUUUUCUGUGUUUUCAUGUGCAGAUUCGUCUUGUGUUUUCGUUGGCGGUGUGCGGCGUCUUGAGUAUCAGUACGCAUGUUAUUGUAUGAACAGUUGCUGUCAGGGAUGUGAUUUUUUUUUUUUUUUUUUCUGCUGUUCCAUCUCCCACUUUUUCCAGAAGUUCAAGUUUGUGGACAUUAAUCUCAUUUCUAAUGACAAAUUUCCACUUUUCUGUUCAUGUUUUGUUUUAUGUCGCUGAUCACAUCCUUGACAGUCAUUCCGUGAUCUCCUUUGUGAGUACACAUACAGUCAGCUGGAGCUGUCAGAACUCUCCUGGCUGGAAUUAGCUCCCAAAACGCUUAACCCCUUAAA